AUGGACGCAGCGAAAGUUCCCGUCAAGCUCGUGAAGGUCACUCGCGUUCUCGGACGCACUGGCUCCCGUGGAGGUGUCACCCAGGUCCGCGUCGAGUUCAUGGACGAUACUACCCGAAGCAUCAUCAGGAACGUGAAGGGCCCAGUCCGCGAAAACGACAUCCUCUGCUUGCUCGAGUCCGAACGUGAGGCCAGGAGGCUGAGAUAG